AUAAUGGUCAUUUCUACCCUCCUCUCCCCUACUUUCAACUCAUUCAGCGGUGCUCUGUGAAUGUUCCGAAAUGGUCAUGAUGGCGCCGUCGCCAGUAUAUUGAUUUUUGCUCGCGACGUCUAACGACGUCUUCGUCGCCACUUUUGCUGCUGCUUCCUCUGCCACGAUCCUCCAGUUUCGCAGUAAAAUUCACUUGUAACACUUGUGUGGACCUUUCUCCCUGUUUUUUUGGUGACUGAUUUUCUGGUAAAAGAAGGGACUCUCUGUGCUAGAAAGUGACUCAUUUUGUUGGCCCCAAUAAUAUUGCUGCGUGGAUAUCCUUUGUUGCGACGAUUGAUGGUGUUGUGUAAGGACAUUGUUCAUCAAAGUGGAAAAUAAGUGUUUUUCAUCUCAUAUGGAACUCGAGGCGAAGGGUGAAAUUUAAGUGAGAAAGGACUCUUGGGUGGAAAAGUCACUGCGACAGAACAGGACUAUGCCGAAUCUCCUAUUCGACCCCAAUCCUGGGGUGAAGCUGACACCAUUAGAAUCAAUGGUGCCAGUAGCUGCAGGUCUCACUGCUGCUAUAGUUCUGGCCGUCAUGACGUGCUACUGUGCUCGUCGCAUUCGUCAGCGUAACCGGAAGACUGCUGGACACGACGCCACCCUCCCCUUUCAGCCACCCAGGCGCCCUACGGCUGUUCGCUCACCCAGCGGUGCCCCACCGCACUACCUCAAGAAAUCACCAUCUCCCACGGGUACCAAACCCCCACCCGGAGCACCAUUGUCACCCCCCGAAGCCCCAACUCAAGUACGGUACGCUGAAGAGAGCGAGACAGGACCCCUGCCCCGUAUGGUGGCCCAUGAGACUCGUGCUCCCGAACCUGAGAGCCCUGUGGGAGGGGACCAGGGUGAUUGUGGCGAAUAUGGACGCCUAGGAACGCUUGUCUUCAAAUUACGCUUCCUUGCUGACAAAGGGGCUCUGGUGGUGUCUGUGGUGCGUUGCCGAGGGCUUCCCGGUAAAGGGGGUACUGUGAACAAUGGCGAUUUGAGCGGAGCCAAGAACACUGGUAACACAGAUCCCUAUGUAAAGCUUCAGCUUCUGCCUGAGAAGCAACACAAGGUCAAGACACGAGUCGUGAGGAACACCCGGAAUCCUGUCUAUGAUGAAGAUUUCACAUUCUACGGACUUUCCCUGACUGAACUGGGUACCAUGUCCCUCCACUUUGUCGUUCUCAGUUUUGAUCGUUACUCACGUGAUGAUGUCAUUGGGGAAGUCAUCUGCCCAAUGUCCAGCAUGGAGCUCAGCCAGAUUGAGAAUCAGCAAGUGGCUUUCAGCAAAGAAAUUCAACCAAGGAGUCUUAAGAUUCGUGCUCAGGGACGUGGAGAGCUUCUCAUCUCACUGUGCUGGCAACCAGCAGCUGCAAGACUCACAGUUGUUCUGUUGAAGGCCCGAAAUUUGCCCAGAAUGGACGUGACUGGCCUGGCUGAUCCCUAUGUCAAGAUCUACCUACUCUACAAUGGCCAGAGAAUUGCAAAGAAAAAGACACACGUAAAGAAGAGGACACUCAGUCCAGUCUUCAACGAGAGUUUUGCAUUUGACAUACCAACAACUGAGGGAGCCGGAGCCACAUUGGAUGGAGUUGCCCUAGAAUUGAUGCUCCUCGACUGGGACCGUGUCACGAAGAAUGAGGUGAUUGGGCGGCUGGAUUUGGGUGGUCCUCGGUGCACAGGCACUACACUCAACCACUGGAAUGAGGUCUGUAAUUCACCAAGACGACAAAUUGCCGAAUGGCACAAGUUAGUUGAAUAAAAUGACAAACAGCCAAAAGAAAGUGAAGGAGCACAACCACCCACUUAUUCUUUUUUGGCCAUCGAAAUCAAUAAUUCCUCAACCAUCCCCUCCCUCAAUUAACCACGAACCCUCUGACACGUAAAGUAAAUCACAAGGUAGGAAGAUGUAAUAAUUGAAACCAAAGAUAUUUACUGAAUAGUCAAAGGAAUACUUGCAAGUAUACCCAAUUAUAAGGAAAAAGAUGGGAAGAUAUUGAGCAAGAAAAAAUAUAAUAACUUACAUAGUAUAAUGAUGAAAAAAAAGAAAUUAAACUGAAGCUUCUCAAUAUAUACAGGUUUUUGUCUACAGAAUAUAUCACUAUCGAUGAUAAAGGGUAAAAAUAAAUGAAUAAUAAUCACUCUGAAAAAAAAAAAUGAUGAAAAGAAUACUACAGAUAUACCAAAAAAGUACUAAAUUAUUUAAAAUUUGCUUCUCUGUGUCAAAUAUUUGUAAAAAAUAGUGAAGAAGACAAGGAACAUUUAAUUUUUAUCAAAAAGGCAAUGUGAAAGUUUGACAUAAUAUAGUUGGUAAGUUCAUUAGAAAACUUCGAAAGUGGGUCAACAUAGAGCCAUUAUAGAGUGACAAGAUUGCAUUUGAAAAUUAAAAAAAUCUUCCUGCAUUGGAAUUUGUGGGUAGAGAACAGAAUUCAUUUCUUACAACGCUGCAUCAUCUUAUACGUAGUUUUAAGAUGAUAAAUUUCUAAAACAAAAAAAAAAAUAAAAUUAGUCUCAAAGCAUGAGACAGAGAGAUAAUUAAUUAUGUGUGGAAGCUAAUUCAGAGACAAAUUUAAUCUAAAAAAACAAGAAAUAGUCACAGAGAUCGAUUUAUUGAAAUUAUCUUGAAGGCACAAAAUGAGAACAAUUCCGCAAAUAUUCACACAAAGUGCAUAAAAAAAUCUUAACUUCCUUUCUUCCCAAUAAAAAAAAGAAAAACCUUCAAAAAACUAUUAGGAAACUAAAGAAAAUUACUUUUAGAGUCUGUUGCUAAUAAUUAAAAAAAAAAACAGAAAAUAAAAAAUAUAAUGAAAAACCUGUAAGCACAACAUACAAUAUCUAAAUCAAUGCUUUUAGUUGAAUAGUUUUUACAUAAAUGCCAGAGCUGAAUAUAUAAAUAUUGUACAAUUCUGAUAAUAUUCAAUAUCAUGGUGGUAAAACCAGGAGAACCAAAAGAUGGUAUAUUUUUGUGGGGUACACACAUCCUUCGAAAUAGGACAGUAGGAUAGGAGGAAAAAGUUUCCUAAGAAAAAUCCUUUUGUUUAUGAGAUAAAGGAAAGGUAGAGAGAAAACUUCAAGAAUUUGAAGUGAAUUAUCUUAAAAAAAAUCCUGAAGAAAUCUUCGGAGUAUUUUACUGGAAUCUCUUCCGCAAAAUAGCAGGUAUUUCUAUUUUCUGAAUUAUUUUAAAAUUAUACUUCAAGAGAGGAUUCCUGAAGUUAAAAUUCUUGGAACAAAAGAAGCUAAGUUGUGGUUAAUUAAAUAACUUAUAGACGAACAUAUUUACAUGGCCUAUGUUCUCAAAUUUUGCAUCCAGAGAAAAACAUAACUGAAGAUUUAACUCUGUAAAUUAGUUAUUACUUGAUUUUUUUUUAAAUUGAAAAUGCUUUGAAUUCGUAUGAUCUCUAUAGAGAAAGAUAAAUUGAGUUUAAGUCUUUUAAUACUUUUAGUACAAACUAAGUUAGAUCAUGGAAAAUUUUUCCGAACUUAAAAUUUAACACAUAAAUAGUAUUUCUUAUAAAAAUUCUGGGAUUUUUGAAUAAUUGAAAUAUAUUUUUUAUAUCUAAAUUCUAUAUUUAAUGCACAAUUAAAGUAAAGUACCCUAUAGUCGGCCGGUUCUUUAACUCGGCCGGUGGAGUAUUUAUUCAAUUUACUUCGAUUUUUUAGAUUAAUGUCUAACGGAUCUAACAUUAUAGGGUAUAUUAUAUAUAAUGAAAAUCAUUGAAAACUUCAUAGAAAUUCACUAUAAAACGUUAAAAAAUUGGUUAAAUAAUUCCACUGACCGUGUUGAGGAACCGGCCAACUUGAGGACACUUUAACUUAAUUUUCACUCUGCUACUUUACUAGCAAUUGAAAAGAGUAUGACCUAUCACCUAAUUUAGAAGCUAAUUUACUUCAGCUUGAAGUGAAAGUUAGAACAGAUUUGACUGGGAUUAAACCUGAAAUUUAUCACAUAUCGCAACACUAAUGUACAUCGAAUAAUAAAUAUAGGUAUGGCAAAUCUCGCUAACGCAUCAUUAAGAAGGGCAAAUAAAAUUUUCAGCUUACAGCUUAAAUGUACAAAAACUCAAAUUAUUAAAUAAAAUUCCUAAAAACGAUAUACGAAUUAUGCUUCUGAAAAGAAUAAGAACAUUCAGAUGCACGAUUCAACAUUCAGAGAUUCAGGGAUAGGUCAAACUCAUGAUAACAUCUGAAUAUUGAGUUAAGAACAAACUUUUUCAAGUUUUUUUUUUAAAUUCAAUAAUAAAUUAUGGAAAUAAUGAAGAUCAGGAAAAUUUCAAGAUAUUAUUCUAAGAUUAAGUUAUAUUAAAAAUAUUCUUUUUGAAAUUAGAUCUUGUGAAAAAGUAAAAUUCAAUCAUUCCAUUUAUAAUUUAAAAUAAAUUGAAGAUCGAAAAAUUAAAAAAAUCACUAUUAUAAAAUCUGAAGAAUAAAUUUUACGUCCGGAAAUUUUGAUUUAUUAAAAAUUAACAGAAGAUAUUUAAAGAUAACAAUUUGUUAAAGGAUAUUUUAGGAUCUUUUGACUUCUUUAAUAAAAUUAAAUAAGAAAUCUUGGUAUUAUUUAUCAAUUCUAAGAUCCAAAUCAAAUCCAAUAUAAAGGAAUUGCAAGAGUUUAGUGUUCUAAAAUUAAAGAAUAUAAAGAAAAUUGAUUUUUUAGUACAUAGAUAUAUAAGAAUAAAUACUAUAUAUUUAAAGAAUUGCAGUUAAGGAAAAUUUACUGCUUGAACUCAAAGAAGGAACUGGCAAUAUAAAUUCCUCAUUUUUAAAUUUGUUUCCGGUCUAGUCUAGAGGGCGAAACGUAAGAGAUAUCAAAUUUAUCGGUCCUCGGAGACCUCUUCUGAAAAACAAUUUUUAGAGAUGUUUUUUUUUAUAUUCUUCCCCUUGCUUUUACUCCAAAACUAUAUGUUUUUAGGUUUUCUCGAAAACUGUACCACGUAUUCCUUUCCUUUCCGGAUCUGUUCUGAGGGUAGUCCAAGAGAAUAUUUAUUCUAUACAUGCCCAUGACUGGAAAAUUCUCUUUGUAUUUUAAAGGUCAAAAUUCACCCAUGCCUUUUGGAAUGUUACUUAAAUUUUCGACCAAUUUGCAUCGGUUCCAAUCAGUAAUGAGUUAAUAUAGUCCAUAAAUGAUUUAUUUCGUUCGAAUAUUUUAUCUGUCGGCCGCAUAGGGUAAAGUGAUAUAAGUUGGACAUAGUGUUACAAGCAGGAAAAUUCGCCGGUACAAGUUGGACAUGGCUUUUUUCUUGAUAAAUAUAGUACAAAAUUUGCUUUUAAGCACAAGGAACCAAAUUAUAAAACUAUAGCAUUAAAAAUAUACAAAUAAAAAUGAAUUACUAAAUUUAUCAAGAAAAAAACCUUGUCCAAAUUGUACCAUUGCGUCCAGCUUGUACCACUUUACCCUAUAUUAUAUUCUUUUGAUCUAGAAAAGCUAUACGGUAAGAGAUAUCGAUUUUUGACCAUUUUUGACCAACUUAUAAAUCUAUAUUGUUUAAGGGAGUCUGUUCUCCUGUUAUCAACUGUUCUUAACAGCUCUACCAAUUCUUUUUAUUUAAAUUUUUGAACCGUGAUCGACCUAAAACUCAUGUGGUAAGAUGGGUAAGAUAAUUCACGGAGAUCUCUAUCUCGUGAGUUCGAGCAUUCCGUAAAGCUGAGAUACUUUGACAUCUCUUAUUAAAUUGUUACCACUUGAUUCCUUUACAAAAUUCCUUAUGCCUCCGGCACACCUUUAAGUUCCGUAACAUUUCGUUAAAUCAAAAUGUGCGUUCCUUUCUUUAAAGAUUUGCAUUAGUCUACUCCACUCUUUUGGUCUGAAUAUUGGAUUGAACUAAAUUUAAUUUAUACGGGCUUCAGACCUAAGGCUUAGCCAUAUGGCUUAACUUCUCUAAUAUCUUAUCAGUCAAGAUUUUUUGGAAAAUUUUGACUUAGAAUUGGAUUACUAAGGGCAAAUGACCUAUUACAUUUUGAAAAAUCAAUACAAUCGGUUGCUGUUUAAGGUUUUGAGACCCCCGGGAACUGAGCUAAACCUCUAGUCUGAAGACGGUCUUAGUGUGAUGUUCAAAAAAAGAAGAAUGCAAAAGAGUAAGAUAGAUACGCAAAACUUUUAAGAACGGAAGGGAAAUUAGAUUUGACUUUAUGAAAUUUUCCUUAUCAAAUAUUUAUUUUUUAUUUGAACUUCAUAAGUUCAAGUCCAUGAUUGGCAACUUAAAGAUUUUAUUGGUUUCAGUAAGAAGGAUUGAACACCAAAUCCUCAGUUCUCGUCAGAAACAGAAAAAAAUCGCGCGUUUGCUCAGACUUGAACUGAAGACCUUUUGUUUUCUCAAAUGGGAUUAGGUCAAGCAGAAUUUUUAUUCAAAGCAAACAAAGCCAGGGGUCAGUAGUAGAGCAGUAGCCUACAAAAUUCUGAGUUCAAGUCUGUGAGUGGAGGUAGGAAUUUUUUCUGAUUCUGACCGGAACUGGGUAUUGGAUAUUCAUUGUUCACUUGUUCUGACUGAAUUCAAUAAUAUAUAAAAUACUCUUGGACCGACAGACGAGUUUGAACCCUUGUUUAAAAACACUCAAAUUAAAUAUUUCAGUAUGUAAAACCUAAAAAACGCAAUGCAAAAACUUAAAAAAAAAUUAUAUUCAAGAACAAAGCAUAGGAUAUAUUUUUAAGAAUUGCAAUUGAAACUGUCUUGACUUAAAUUUUUAAAACAAAAUCCAAUUAAAAAGAAAACUAACCAUGUAUUUAAAUACGGAUUUAAAAAUUUUGAUAUUAAAGAAAACACUGCAGAUAUUUGAAAAAUAAAAUGGAACUAGGUAUUUCAAAUUGCAGAAAACAAAUCUUGAAAUUUUCUUACUUCUGUUCUAGAAUUCAUACGUAGAGGGAAAUGGAACAUUUUUGAAUUGGAAUAGUUUUGAAAUUGAGCCUUGUUCUCCUACUUUAAUACGGAACUGAACCUUACUAUAAAUUUAGAUCCACACUCAAACUAAUUGUGAAACUAAAGUGCGUUAUAAGAUUUAGUUCCAUCAACAAAUAGGAGGAAAAAGUCCAAUUUCAAAGCUGCCCUACUUCCCCCUACUACAGUAAUCAAUAAAUUUAAUAUUAUUUGCCUUAUCUUAAUGUAUUUCUUCAUUUUAUGACGGAGUUAUUUUAUUUGUUAGUUUAGUUUUAAUUUAUUAGUUUCAGUGCGAUUGUGUCAGAAAUUUCUGAAGUUCUUUUGCAGUUAAUCUCUACCUCGCCUUUAUCUCGCAACUAGGGUCAAGUCAAGGAAAAAAAAUUGUAAUAUAGUGAAAGAGAGAAUAAAGCAUUCUCACCUUUCUUUUGAUGUGAUUAGCAAGCAAAAAUUGUACUACUUUCCCCCUUAUUCCUGAAGGUGAUACUGGAGUGGGAAAAUAAAUUAAAUGGUUAGUUACUUCUUGUGUUUGCACAAAAUGAAAGAAAAAAAAAAACACAAAUUUUUCUAAUGCAAUCCCUCUUCUCAGAUCAAAAAUAAAAUUCCUUGGUGCACACUUUCACAUCUCCCACUAUUUUUCUGUAUAUGUGUUGUACAUAAAUUAAGUGAGUAUAAUUGAUAAUGUUAUUUUUUGUUUUUCUUUUAUUAGAAAAUCAAUACAUUUUCUAAUAGAUACAAUUUUUGUACAUUACUUUAAUGAAAGAAUAUUCUCCCUCUGUUCCAUCCAUGAUGAAAAAAGGACAUACCAAGUAUUAUAAUUGUUUCAGAUGAAUGAAGCAUUUAAUUGCAAGAUAUACUGAGUCAUUAGUGAAAAUGAAGAUCAUUUUUAGAGAAAAUUAAAAAAAAAGAUAUUAUUGCAUUCAGACAAAAAAAUUAUAUUGAUUAAACAUUAUAAUGAUUAUACAGAAAUAAAAAGUGAGAUCUUACUAGAAUGGA